GUUUAGUAUUAUUACUAAACAAUAAACAAUACAGACGAGAGAAGAAGCUUACCCAAAAAAACCGCAUAACGUUACAAUAAUUCAACAAUAUUAAAACAAAACAAGAAAUUGAGAGAAUAAAUACGAAAAAACUUUGAACUGCUCGAAGCUUGAACAAAAGACGAGAGAAGAAGGGAAGAUUCAUCAAUGGAGCGUCCUCCAGAAAGAUCGAAACGCCUCCAUAACUUCACCUUACCUUAUCUCCGUUGGGGUCAACAAAGAUUCCUCAGAUGCGUCAAUCUACCUUCACAUCAUCUUCCUUCUUCUUCUUCCUCUCCUUCUCCAGAUCACGCAGCCAACAGAUCUGUUGUGGCGGCGGUUCGUCCGUGGAAUCUGAGGACGAGAAGAGCUGCGUGUAGUGAACCUGGAGACGAAUCUCCGGCGAAGAUCGAAAUCGGCGUGAGGAGAGGUGUAGUAAAUGGAGAAGAAAUGGAGAAGGAUGAGAAAUUGAAAUUCUCGGUUUCGUUGAUGAAGAAAGAGAUCGAAGAGGAUUUUUCGAACAUGAUUGGGAAAAGACUUCCAAGGAGACCUAAGAAGAGACCAAGAACUGUUCAGAAGAAACUCAAUACGAUUUUUCCUGGAUUGUGGUUGUCAGAAGAAGUAACGAUAGAUUCAUAUGACGUCCCUGAAGCUCUUGAAACGUGAUAAAGGAGUUAACUUCUUUUGUUUUAUCUGUUCUCGAGACAUUCUCAAGUUGUCAUUGUAAGCGAAGGAAAGUGUAGCGAUCGUCCGUGAAGAAACCCAAUUUCUGGUUUCUUCUAUUACGGAUAUUCAUCAUGUUUUAGUUUAGAAGAUUGUAGUAUUGGUAUUCAUCACCAGUCUAGUUGUAAUCUCCAGCUGUUUGUUUUUUUUGUAAUUUCUGGUUUCUUGAGUAUGUUUUAUGACUCGGUUCAAGAACUUGCUGCUCGUUUCACCAAUGGUUACAUUUGAAAACA